UUUAUUAUUGGGAUAGUUAUUGGACGAUUAAAGGAUUGCUAGCUUCUGGUAAUUUUUAACAAAAUAUUUAAAUUAUUUUUAAAAAGAAUUGCCUGAACUUGUGAAAGGAAUGCUGGAAAAUUUUGUGGUGUUAAUUAAAAAUCAUGGAUUUAUUAAUAAUGGGGGUCGUAUUUAUUACAAUAUGCGUUCACAACCCCCACUUUUUACCCCAAUGGUAAAUGAAUAUUACAAAUAUACAAAAGACAAAGAAUUUCUGAAUGAUAUAAUUCCUAUUAUGGAGAAGGAGUUAGAAUUUUGGACAGUCAAUCGUUCUGUAGAGUUCAAAAAAGGCUGUAGAAAUUUUACAAUGUAUCAAUACAGAACUGAAAGUACCGUUCCAAGACCAGAAUCUUUUUGCGCAGACGUUAUAACAGCAAUUAAUAGCAAAGAGGCAAAUAAAGCAAAACUUUGGCAGAAUUUGGCAUCUGCAGCGGAAUCGGGGAUGGAUUUUAGCUCUCGAUGGAUGCGCAAUCCUGAACAGCCCAAAUUGGAAGAAAUAAUUACAACAUCAAUAGUUCCGUACGAUUUGAAUGCUUUUAUUUGUGGGAACUAUCGAAUCCUUUCAGAAUUAUUUACUGCUUUGGGAAAAAAGAAAAAGGCUAACCAUUACAAAAAGCUCUAUUUAAAACUCCGCGCAGACUUUAGAAACGUUUUUCUAUACGAUAAAGAAGAAAAUAAAUAUGGCUGGUAUGAUUAUAAUUUGGAAACAAAAGAAAAUAAUAUUAAUUUUUAUUCAUCAAUGGCUGUUCCUCUCUUCACUCAAUGUUAUGACACUUCAGAAAAACCUAGUGUCGCCGAACGAAUUUAUAAUACAAUGAAAAAUUAUGGGGCAUUUGAAAAGGCUAAAGGGGCUGAAGAUUAUUAUGGAGUCCAAGUCAGUACUGUAGACAGCGGCCUACAAUGGGAUGCUCAUAACAUAUGGCCGAACCACGAACAUAUGGUAGUUCUUGGAUUGUUCAAUUCUGGCAAGGAAAAUCUUAAACAAGAAGCUUUAUAUUUGGCUAAGAAAUGGAUUAUAGCAAAUUACCGUCUAUAUUCCCAAUGUAUCGAAAAACCAAUGUGGGAAAAAUUGUCGGCUACGGGGACAAGUGGAAAGGGUGGUGAAUAUGUACCUCAGCUCGGCUUUGGCUGGUCUAUUGGCACCGUAAUGGAUUUCCUUCAAAUAUUUAACGAUCAAAUAAAAUUUAAUUCGACUGAAUUACCCAAUGUAACACCAAAGAAGUGUUUUUAA